AUGGGCGCUAUACACGGCAAACAUCGUCUCUCUCGAAACGAGGUCCGAUCUCUGGCAUUAAAAACACAUUUCACUGAAAAACAGAUUAAAAAAUGGCAUAGCAUCUUCCUGAAGGAUUGUCCAUCCGGUCAGUUAAAUCGACGAGCCUUCUUGGAUAUGUAUACGCACUUUUUCCCUGACGGAAAGGCUAAAGACUUCUACGCUCACCUAUUUCGAACCUUCGAUCAGGACAAUAGCGGUCAAAUUGAUUUCGCCGAAUUUCUAUCAGCCAUCAGUAUAACCCAGAGUGGUGGACCAGAGGAGAAAUUGGGACUUGCAUUCCAACUAUACGAUAUCGAUGGAAAUGGCCAUAUCGAAGAGUCGGAAAUGAAUGAAAUUAUCAAGGUAGUCUUUUAA